CGUCCGUGAGGUCCCGGCAAGGAACAACUAUGACCUCCAGGUCAACGGCCUGGGCUACCAGGAUGUCCACCCGACCACGGCUGCCACCUCAGCCAGGCUGAUAUUUAAGGGCACCGUGACACAGCCUUUGGUACCUCCCAUCUACCACUCGUCUACUUACGUCAUGGAGAAGUUGGAGGACUGUUUCCAGGGACUGACUAAUGGAGGAUCCAUCUACUCGCGGAACUCCAACCUCUCCACCGAGUCCACGGAAGCCGCCAUCAGCGCCAUCGAGCGGGGAGCAGGAAGUCUGACCUUUAGCAGUGGCAUGGCCGCCGUGACCUCCUGCUUUCUCGGCUUCCUCAAGAGUGGAGAUCACGUGAUUUACCAGCUACCCUGCUACCCCAGCACCAUCACCGCCCUGAAGCUGUUGAGAGACGAGUUUGGUGUGGAGAUCACACCGAUCAAGGAUGUCACCGUGGACGUGGUCGACUCACUGAUCAGACCCAACACCAAGAUGAUCUGGAUUGAGACGCCGUGUAACCCAGAAAUCGUCGUGGUGGACAUUGCCCAGUUUGGCGCCCUGGCCAGGUCUAGAGACAUUCUCCUUGGGGUCGACGGAACGUUUGCAAGUCCAGUCCUGCAGCCCAGUAUUCCACAUGGGGUAGAUUUCUCCGUACACAGCUGUACCAAAUACAUGGGUGGACACGCUGACUUGAUCGGGGGCUGUGUCACCACCAGAACCAUAGACCAGUGGCGGACCCUGAAGAAGAUACAGUGGACUUUUGGAAACAUGCUGUCUCCGCAUGACGCCAGUUUGCUGUUGCGAGGUCUGAAGACGCUUCCCUUGAGGAUGGAGCGGAUCAGCAGCUCAGCGAUGAAGGUGGCGACAUUCCUGGAGCAACAUCCCAAGGUGGAGAGAGUGCGCUACCCGGGCCUCAAGUCGCAUCCCCAGCACGAGGUUGCCAGGAAACAGAUGACAGCUUACAGCGGCAUGAUCAUGGCGGAGAUCAAGGGCGGCGAGCAGGGAGCUAGGGCUGUAGCCGAGAACGUUCGACUCGUGAGGCUGGCGGUGUCCCUGGGAGGCACAGACAGCAUCCUGGAACACCCCUACAGCAUGACACAUGGACCCUACCUCCUGAAACCGGAAGAGAUCGCCGAGUCCGGAAUAUUACCCGGUAUGCUUCGAAUCAGUAUCGGCCUCGAGGAACCCGAAGACAUCAUCAAGGACUUGGACCAAGCUUUGGCCAAAGUUCAACUCUAG